UUUAUACAGAAUUAUUCUUAUUGUCACAUAAAUCACAUGGACAUUCGGUGGAAGACUCGUUACGAAGACUCUUCCAUAAACAAUCCCAUAAUUUGUCCUCUGGAAAUCCACUUAUGAAACGUAAUUGGAAUUUCCAAGGAGUACAACACUUCUUUUUACAAGAUGUCACUGAUGGAUUAGCGCCCAAGUACCACUAUACGAUAUUGUGAAAAGAAGAAUAAUAUGCGUCAGCAUAAAAAUCACGAACUCCUACUUUCAUAGAAAUAAACGUGACGUAGCUGGGAAAUAAAAACUUUCCAGUUAUCCCAAUUUGUAUCUCUACUCAUCACUCAAUGUGUAGGUAAUAUAUAUUUUAAUUUACAUGUCAACGUAUUUUGCAUCUUCAAAAAGCCAGAGAAUUUCCCGUUGAGCUUUGUAGCAUUGUCGCGUAAGAAAAAGAACAAUACGAAACAUAUAAAUAAAUAUAUAUAUAUAUGUACACAUAUAUCUAUAGGACCAAACGUCACUGGCCAGUAUAAAGAAAUACGAUACCGUGACCACGUAUGAUUCUUUUAUACUACCAUGAUAUCCACACACAUUACCGACCUGCCAGGUAGUUAUUAUGUAGUCGAUAUGGCUCGGGGGCAAUUAGUACUAUUGUUAUGAUACGAAAAGGUAUGCUACGUGUGUACUACUCCAUUAUGCCUCAGUAGUCCACCAGUGAAAGAGGUAAGAUACAGCAAGGUCUGUGCUGGUCGCUGUUCCACCUCCAACAUUCCUUUUCCUCCUACUACACGACGUUUCUUAACAGUUCCUCCACCGCACUUGUGACUCGAUAAUCUGUUUAUUGACAAUUCUCAAUCAUCGUACCCGCGAAUCAUAUGCUAUUUCGAAUCCUCCCAGUUACCUCUUCUUUAAGCAUUGCGAUGUUAGUUAGGACUUGGAGACACAGGCAAGAUAACGUUUGCAUGAGGUAUACUAAAUAUAAUUUUUAGUGCUGUCAUUAAACUAACAUUAACGAGAAUCGCGCGAGGACUUGACUUCAUUUUGAUUAUCUGUAACAUUUAUUAAGUGUGGAGAGUGAAGAUUGUGAGUGUCAUUAAAUAAAUCCAGGUCGAACCUAUGCAACCAUGUCCAGUGAUAAUUUACAAUCUAUACAGUGCGAGGAGACAAGCAAGACGAAGACGGUGCAGACGUCUAGUCGCAGUGAAAAGGAAAAUAAUGGGAUCGAGGAAAGUAUACAGAAAUUCGGUAAUGUUCUUAAUCAAGCAAGUUCCAAGGAGGUACCUGGAAAGUCGAGUAAGUCUACACAGAUCGACUUCGCGCACUCCACGUGGAGGCUGAACACUCCGCGGAUACGGCCAUCAUCCUCUGGACAUAUACCAAAAUUAGGUCAAUACAAUGACAUGAACUGCAACAAAGACUAUCCCAUGCAGAAGCAUAAUCUUUACUCUACGCAAAGUGAAAUUACACUGUCAGCCAGAAAUCGACAGCAGAGUAGAUACGUCGCCCUGGAUAUGAUGCGGCAGGUUCCUACACCACCUUAUAGCCCUUAUUCAGGUAGUCAUUUCUCUGGAAAUAACUCCACCUGUGCAUGCUGCUGCGGUUGUCCCGGUUUCCAAGCGUCACAGUCACUUCAGAGUCAGCAUCCCGAGGAUCAGGAUGGUCCUGAGGGACUCUCUUGGAGGAGGCUUCACAUGAGUCGUGCCAAACUCAAAGCUACCGCAACGACUUCAGAAUUACUCAGUGGUUUUGCGAUGGUAGCAAUGGUAGAGUUGCAGAUAAACGAACCUACAGCAGUACCAGAAUGGCUAUUUGUGAUGUUCGCCGUGUGCACGACAGUCCUGGUCUCCGUUCACAUCUUUGCCCUGAUGAUAAGCACGUAUCUUCUGCCUAACGUGGAGGCAAUCAGUAAGCUUCAGGUUGCUCGCCUAGUGACAGAAUCGCCGCACGAGAGAAUGCGAGGUUUCAUCGAGCUGGCCUGGGCAUUUUCAACGGUUCUAGGACUCUUCCUGUUCCUGGUGGAAGUGGCGAUACUCUGCUGGGUCAAAUUUUGGGAUUACUCCUUCACAGCAGCCAUAGCCAGUACGAUAAUAGUAAUUCCAGUCCUCGUAGUUUUCGUGGCAUUCGCUGUGCACUUCUAUCACUCACUGGUAGUCUACAAGUGCGAGGCCUCGGUCACCGACAUGAAAGAAUUAGAAAACAUUAAGAGGAACCUAGACAACGUGACCGUUGGUCAGAGUACCGUAUGAUUCAAAUAAUAGGUAUACCCUGGACGCCCAUCCUCUUAGAUCCAUUGGAUUGUAUCCUCACGGUCGGUAUUCCUAGUAGUGACCAUGUACAAUCCUGUAUAAAAAUCCUGGUGAAAUUCACUCCAGAAAUAGGAGUCUAGUACACGUACACUAGCGAAUAUUUACAGAGGCUUCCAAGUAAAAGGUCAAGUGAAAGUUUAUUGUCGGACUUAUUCGACUAACUGUGCAUAUCUCACUAAACGUGAAGGCAACUCUUCCAGAAUAAGCCAGCCAAGUACAAAGCUCUUGAAACAUAAACAUAGCCGAGCGUUAUUUGUCACUGUUAUAUUACCCACUUCGUACGUGGUGGAUGUUCCCUUUCGAAAUCUAUUCGAAAUUCAAGACUGCUUUGUUGUUCGUUGCGCAUUGCUCGCGUCUACUCCGUUUCGUAAGGCUGUCACGAAGAUAUUUGCGCCAAGAAGCAAUACAGACUACUUUUACGAACAUAAUAUUACCAUUUCGAAUUACUCACGGAAUUCCGUGAGUACGCGUAGUUCCUCUACUUUAUAAAAUAAUUAUUUAAGGAUUAACGAUAAUACAACGACGAAGCCUACAUAGAGUUUCGAACAAUCACCUCAGUGCAAUAUAUCAAAUGUAUAAUGGCCAGUAUAUUAGUAAACUUCUAUAUAUGUAUAUAUUAGUAGGAACAAAUAAUGCUAUCGGAUUCGUACGAAAAAUUCAUAAUUUUUUCAACACGACCAUAGGAACACGGGCAUGUUUUAUUAUUAUAUUUAAAAAAUGUACAUGGCUGUACACAUGCAAGUUCAGAGUUUGCAGCAGUACAAGCGAGUGCUCUUAGAAUAAUAAUGAUAACUGACGAUAAAGGUAAUAAUAAUAAUAAUCGACGAUAAUAAUAAUAAUAAUUCAAUAAUGAUAAUACCAAUAACGUUACACGAUAAUCAAUUGUAUUCCGUUAAGAUUUAAUUUUCAAUUUUUAUUUAAACGUUUCUCUCCUCUUCAUUUCAUCUAUCAUAAGUCGUAAUUCUAAUGUAAUAGACUCUUUAAGUCAGCUCCAUUCCGCGCUUAGCUUAUGGAUGGGAGAAGAGUCGAGAGAAAGAGAGACUUAGUCGAGAGAUCACAGACAGAAUGUAACUAAGGAAGAUUACUUCAAUGAGAUUCUUAUUAUCGUUAAUGAUCGUGAAAUUGAACUACGUUGCUCCGUUAUAUCCGGGAGCGUUCGUCUUAACAAUGAAUCCGUCUAUUUGUCUUGGCAAGACGUAGAGAUUUUAAAAAUAUUUCAGACUCACAAAACACUCUCGCUCUCCCUCUCCAUAAACUAAGCCCGUAGUCUUAUUAGGUUGACAAAUAAUCUCUACAGUAUUAUGCUGUCGUCUCCGUAGAAAAGAAUUACCGCCGCAAGACGAUACGAAUAACAUAAACGAGCGAACGGAAAUACGAAGUAACACUAGUACUAUACAGUAGAAGCGUGCCACGGCUCUAUUUUCUUUUCUUUGAUUUCUUAAUGAUUUUCUUCACCUUACUUCAUAUGUGCUACGGAUACGGAGAGACGUGGCGACGACUUAUUAUUAUUGCACAACGCCGCGCAUUAAAAUGAAUAUAAUAAUAAACAAAAAAUUUCUUCCAAACUUCAAGUUAGAUAAUCAUAGAGUAAGGUGUGAGGUCUCAAGUCGGAUUAAACGUUUAUGUUUGUCUUAAACUGUUUUUGUUCAUGGAAAUUCGUCGCUCGCACGAUUCCAUUUUGGAAGUCCAGCUUCGGUGAAAAGUAUAAUAAUAUUGGUUCGGUUAGUGUAUAUCGGGACACUAAAAAAGAUGGCGCGAAGAUGAGAAGAAGAAUAAAAGAUAGAAUUAUAAAUAUCAGUAAUAAUCACUGUAACAUGAACGUUCGCACCAUGUGACUGUGUUUUGCGUUUUCAUCUUGUAUUUAUAUCUUAUAAUAUAUGUAUAUUUAUUCUUUCA